UUGUAUCUAUUGUAGGUGCAUAUUGGUGUGAAGGGAUUUGUGAUGGACAGUAGAGACUAUGGUGGGUUACCAGACGCCAUUAUUAGUGUAGACGGAAUAAAUCAUGACAUUACUACUUCCAUGUAUGGUGAUUUCUGGAGGUUAUUAGUUCCUGGUACUUAUAUUAUUACAGCAUCCGCUGAUGGGUAUGAGCCACAAAGUUUAACAUGUACGGUGUUUGAUGGACCUGCUACAGAGCUGGAAUUCAAAUUACAAAGAACUCAAAAAAGAUCAGCACUAAAAUUGUUAAAACAUCAAUUAAAGAAAAGAUCAGUUUUUGAUGCAGAAAGUGUUUAUGAUUAUUCAAAUGGACCUACGAGUAACUCUGAGGAUCCAG